CUUAAAACUCACGAUGAUCCGGCUGCUGAGUUCUCUCCUAUUUGUGGCCCUUGCCUCGGGCUGUGGCCGACCUUCCUACAACCCUGCCUCCCGCGUUGUCAAUGGGGAGGACGCGGUCCCCUACAGUUGGCCCUGGCAGGUCUCUCUGCAAUAUGAAAAGAACGGAGCCUUCCAUCAUACCUGUGGAGGCAGCCUCAUCGCCCCUGACUGGGUCCUAACUGCAGGCCACUGCAUCUCGCGCUCCCUGACCUACCAGGUGGUGUUGGGCGAGUAUGACCGCUCUGAGAAUGAGGGCUCCGAACAGGUGAUCCCCAUCAAUGCUGGGGACCUCUUCGUGCACCCACGCUGGAAUUCCAACUGCGUGUCCUGUGGCAAUGACAUUGCCCUUGUCAAGCUCUCGCGCAGCGCCCAGCUGGGAGACAAGGUCCAGCUGGCCUGUCUCCCUUCCGCCGGUGACAUCCUGCCCAAUGAUACCCCCUGCUACAUCAGCGGCUGGGGCCGUCUCUACACCAAUGGGCCACUCCCGGACAAGCUGCAGCAGGCUCUGCUGCCCGUGGUGGACUACCAGCACUGCUCCAAGUGGGACUGGUGGGGCAGCACCGUGAAGCAGACCAUGGUGUGUGCCGGCGGGGACAUCCGCUCUGGAUGCAAUGGUGACUCUGGAGGACCCCUCAACUGCCGGGCAGCAGAUGGCUCCUGGCAGGUCCACGGCGUGACGAGCUUCGUUUCUGCCUAUGGCUGUAACACCCUCAAGAAGCCCACAGUGUUCACGCGCACCUCAGCCUUCAUUGAUUGGAUUGAAGAGAUCAUUGCAAGCCACUAGAACCAUGGCUGAGGUGGCAGUGCCCAUCUACGCUCUUUGUAAAAAAUAAAACCCUCUCAGAAAAUUCCAA